CGUCAAAAUCGAAAGUCGAAAGCCACCCACACAUUUCGGUUCCUACAAGCUUGAUAAUUGCAAAAUAUCCCACUAUACCACUAUUGCUCCCUGAAAUUUUACCUUGCUCGAAAAGGAUUUCGCCCCCUUUUAGCUCCGAAUUCUUCUGCUGCUCACUAAUCGGGGGUUUAGCUUGAUAAAUUCUUGAUGUUCAUGGCUCUGGAGAGAUCUUUUCUGCAUUUUAUGAGUAGGGAACAAAGUAUUACUGUCGAGUCUAAAAGAUGGCUCGAGCUGGGGGGAUAACGAAUGCUGUGAAUGUGGGAAUCGCAGUCCAAGCUGACUGGGAGAAUCGAGAAUUUAUUUCUCACGUCUCCCUCAAUGUUCGACGCCUGUUUGACUUCCUUGUGCAAUUUGAAUCUACUACAAAAAACAAAUUAUCAAAACUGAAUGAGAAGCUGGGUACGUUGGAGCGGCGCUUGGAAUUGCUGGAAGUGCAAGUCAGCAAUGCCACAGCUAAUCCUGCUCUCUUCACUUCUACUUGAUCUCCUCUCACCAUCUUUGUGAAAAAUGACAACAUGUGGUUAAUUUGCUGGACUACACUAUAUAUUCAUUUGUUUCUUACACCAAUGUAUAUCGAGAUGUAAAACAAAUAUUUGACCCCGAAUGUGGUGCUGCACCUCAUUUUAUGUACUGCGAUUUACAUGGAAUUACUUCCAACUAAGGCCAUUUCCAACCA